GUCAAAGUUAAAUCACAUUCGGAAUGAUGAAAAUUUGUCCAAGAUUAACCACAUGGGUGGGAAAAUUCCCCAAUUUCACUCAUCAAAGCGAAACACAGUUGCAAAAAGAAGAAUGGCUCUGAAACAUGGAAACCAAAGCAACAAAAUUGCAGGCAGAUUCCAUACAUGCCAUAAGUAUCAACACAGAUACAGAAGGAAGGAAUUAAAACAAGAACACCCGGAAAAACUGAAGUGAUUAAAUUAAGAAAAAAUUAACCACAAUAAAUAGUUAUUCAAAUGGAAAGAUUUCCUCAAGAGAGAAUGUGUGCGUGUGAGGCAUUGAGAAUGGAGAACUGGAUAGUAGUAGUUCAAGUGAGGGUGCAUUCUUUUCUCCCAAAGACUCCUCUUUUUCUUCUUCUGCUGCUGCAGUUUACUGAAAUCCCACAGCAAGAAAAUGAAUCAGAUGCCAGAACAAGAAACCCCGAAGUUGAUUAUUAUGGCACACAGACAUUCGAAUCCCAUGGAGGCCGAUUUUUGGCUAGACACUUGAUUUAGGGUUGGGGUGAUUAUAAUUUUUUUCUUUUAUGAAAAAACAAAAAUAUUACGGAGUAUUAAAACAGGGUGAUAAUG